AUGUGUGGCCCUUAUCCUCUUCAGUACAGUGCCAUUUCUUCAGCAUCAGUAUAAUUAAAUCUAGCUGUUAUACAUCACUGCGAUCUUUCGACCUGUCUGUUUCCCCUCGUGGAUAUAUGAAGUGAUUGUAGCACGAGGAACGGAAAUGGGCCGUACCUUGAGGAGAGGAAAGGUCUGACCUGCGCUGCUUCACACACACGCGGACCUGCUUUUACGCGCGCUGGUGAGCUGCUGCAGCAGCUCGAGACCUCUGAUCGACAACAUGGGCAGCCGCGUGACACCUGAAGAAGUGACGCUGAAGUUAGUUUAGACCUUCAUCACCACCUUCAUCACCAUCAUCAUCACCACCAGCACAGACUGGCUGCAGCCGCUCCGCGCGCACUGCGGCGCUUUGAAACCUCGGAACAACAGGCAGCGAAAGGCGCGCGGCCGCUGCUCCUCGUGCCCGCGCUGGCAGGAAUGAUGCUCGCGUUCGCCUUCACCUGCCGCGCGCUGCUAGUCCUCGUGUUCUCCGAGUCUGUCCAGACCGACAGAACAGCGCCCUUCUUGCUCACAGAGAACAUGUGGCCUCGCGGCUGUGUGCUGGACUGUAAGCAGGGGCGCCACAGAUCCGUGUGUGGCAGCAACGGCAGGUCCUAUAAAUCACUGUGUGCCUUCCAGAGGGCGCAGUGCAUCAACACACAGCUCCGCCUCGCUCCACGAGCACACUGCUCAGAUCCGGGUCAGUCCAGAUGCCGGCUGGCGCGGGCUCAGGCCCUGGAGGCCGGUACCCUCAGCAGCCCUGCUGGUCCAGCAGCUGCUGUCUUUGUGCCAGAGUGCAGUCCGGACGGUCACUUCCUGCCAGUGCAGUGCCACAACCAGACCGGAUACUGCUGGUGCUCCAUGCCCGACGGCAAACCUGUCAGCGGCACCUCGGUCCUCCAUCUGAUCCCCAACUGCACCGAUCACAUCAUGUUGGCUCGGACCACAGAUGCAGAUUUGUUUCCAAUCAAAGAUGAAGUGGGUGACCCUGGGCCUACAGUGGACCCCAGAAAACCUGCAGUGAUGACAGCUCCUCCGUUCUGGGUGACCAUCCUGAUGAACUCUGACCCCAAAGGGAACCGCUCAGUCAGACGACCCACCGACAGUGCUCAGACUUGUGAGCACGAGCGAGCGCUGCUGCUCUCUCAGAUGACAGAGUGGCAUGAAGAUCGUUUUAUCCCAGAAUGCACUGCAGACGGCCGCUACAGCCCCGCGCAGUGUCACGCUGCUACAGGUUACUGUUGGUGUGUCCGGGUGGACAGCGGCAGGCCGCUGCCGGGGACCUCAGCAAGGAAUCGCAUCCCAGAGUGCACUGGGGCAGAGGAGGCACCAACAGACAGGAGGUUCAGGAUAAACCGUCUGCCUGGAUGUCCCGGAGCUCGUAAGAAGCAGUUCCUGCAGAGUCUGGUCCGAGCUCUGCAGCUGGAAGCAGAGCAUGCUGGGAGUCUGAGUCUCUACCACAGGGCCUCAAACACACCUCCCUCCAGCUCCCCCUCUCCUUCCUACAACACUCCGACCUCCGCCGCUCCUCCUUCCUCUUCCACUCUGGAUGCUGCUGCUCCUCCUGCUGCUCUGCAGGGUGUGGAGGUGGCUCUGCAGUGGCACUUCAGUCAACUGGACAAGGACUCUAGUGGGGUGCUGAGCGAACGAGAAGCUCGUCCUCUCCGUCAGUUCCUGCGUCAGAGGCUGAAGCCGCGGCGCUGCGCCAAGAAGUUCGCUCAGUACUGUGACCGGGACAGAGACCGAGGCCUGACGCUGCAGGAGCUGAGGGUCUGCCUAGGCCUCUGA